CUCUGCUAAAGAAACUGGGGCCUGGCUCUCCGUCCUUCCUGGUGGGAGGGGUCUGCGGUGCCCCAGUGGCCAGAGCGUGCUAGAGUGGAGCGGUGCGGUCUCCACAGUAACGGCCAACCCGAGCCGCCACCCCCCGCCCAGGCGCCUCUGCUUUGUCCAGCACCAUGGCAACACCUGCAGUGCGGGAGCAGGCAGCCCGAGGCUCCGCGCCGCUAGGCGGUCGGUCGUAGCUCCUGGGACUGCCGGCCCGGCAGCUAGCGGCAUGCCGGAGAAGCGGCUCUUCGCGGAGCCGCCAGAUAUUACAGAAGAAGAAUUUGAAAAUUGUUUGGCAACAGACGACUUCCUUGUGGAUUACUUUAAUGAGUUCUUAAGCCUUCCUACCUUUUCAGAGGCGAUUAGAUUUAAUGUGGACUAUGGAGUGUUUGAAGUAGUUAAUGAGGCACCACAACUUCUGGAAAAGCAACUGAAAAAAAUUCUGCAAAACCAGCAACCUCGAAACCCCAUCUAUGAAGUUAUAAGGAAAGGGAAAAGUGAUGCUAAGCCUUUUCGGAAGAGUGUCCCCUGUGAAGAUGAGGCCAUUAAUAUCAACUACACCAUCAUGUGUCUCAACCGUGAAGAAGGUAUUAAGUGGAUCAAAAGACAACGACUUCCAGCAUUUCUGGAAAGUGACUGCUACUUUGAAUACAGGUUAGCCAAGUUGAUCUCACAAGCAACAUGGAGCAACUCAGGUAUAAAUUUCAUAGUAGGUACAAACCUUUCCCCCUGGAUCCUGAGAAAACCGCACACUCCACCUCUUUCCACCACCGAAGAGGAAGAUCUCUUGAUUAUGAAAAAGUUCUACGUUUCUCUUGGCCAGGCCUCCUAUACUCAAACAAAAGACUGGUUUACACUAGCAAAGCAAAGUCAGAAAACAGUAACAACUUUCUCAUUGCCUUGCUCUGGACCCCACCAAAAAAUUGCAUCCCCAGCUGUUUCUGAGACUUUUAUCUUUGAUGAUGGAGUUCACCCCAGGAGAGCAAAAAGCCCAUCUAAAACCACUACAAUAGUUCCCGAGAUGGAAGAAGAAGAAGAAGGGUCUGUAUCAGUAAAAGACACACCUUCUCAAGCUCUUCUGAGAAUCUACCUUGAAAAGAAGGACGAUCAGGACAGGAACUUGAUAGUGCAUUUCUCAUCGGUUGAAGAAUUCCUAAACACCUAUGUACUCUUUAUCUUGAAGGAAGCCAUUGAGCACAUCAGUGGCCAUUCCUUUAGUAACAGUCCAGGCUAUAUCAACUUCUACAAUGUAUCCCAAGUGGUAUUUGAUAUUGCCAAGCCUGUGCCUAUCAGGAAAGUCGUAAGUUCUCCCCAUGUUGAAACCGUAAAGGAAAUCUCAGAAGAUAAAUUGGAAACAGUAAGUUUAAGUUCAAAGAGUGAAAGUGUUGGGCCCGAGAGCAGGGCUGACUGGUGUAUUUCUCACAGAACCUAUGACAUUGGCAACAGAAGGGAAUUUGAAAGAUUUAAGAAGUUUUUAAAGGGCACAUUAGGGGAAAGAUACUGGUGGCUGUGGAUGGACAUCGAGAGGUUAAAAGUUCUUAAGGAACCUGAUAGACAUCAAAGACAUCUUGAGAAAAUGAAAAAAUGCUACCUUGUGAGCAGUGGGGAGCGUUACCUUUCUACAGAAAUCUUGUCUAAGUUUAAACUGCUACAUGGAUCCCGGUGGACAGAAGAACAUUUGAAAAACAUUCAGACUGAGGUACUAAAACCUCUGCUUCUGUACUGGGCACCAAGAUUUUGUGUUACUCAUUCGUCUUCAACAAAAAAUGCUAGUGCUGAACUGAAAUUCUGGCGCCUUCGUCAAGAGAAACCAAGGAAGGAUAUUGACCCUUUCCCACAGAUAGCAACCCUCCUGCCAUUAAGACCAAAGUCUUGCAUUCCACAGACCCCUGAGGUCCAGGGAGAAGAAAUCGGUUUAUUUCAACCAUCUAAAUCUCCUAAGAAAUUAUCAAAAGUAAGCCAAGAGACUAAAAAAUUUGGGAGAAGUGAGUCUUUGCAUCCAGUUUCUUAUAAAGAUAAUGGAUUUGAGAAAGGGUCAAAGUGGUUACCAGAGGCCACCACAGUGGUCCGUUUGACAUCUUUUACUGACAUCUCUGAAUGUCUGAAGCCCCAGCUGGACAGAAAAUAUACUUAUACAGAAGAACUUAAUGUUAAAACUGUGUCUGAUGUUGGAGCUUUGAGAGGAUAUGACAUGGAAAACUUGUUACAAUCUUUGUAUGUAGAAAAUAGAGCUGGAUUCUUCUUUACUAAGUUCUGCGAGAAUUCGGGAAACAAGCUGUGGAAGCACAGUGUGUACUUUUGGUUUGACCUACAGUCUUAUCAUCAGCUGUUCUACCAAGAAACGCUUCAGCCUUUUAAAGUAUGCAAGCAAGCACAAUUUCUCUUUGCCACAUAUAUUGCUCCAUCAGCCACUCUAGAUAUUGGACUCCAACCAGAAGGAAAGAAAGACAUUUACAUGAGAAUACAGCCACCAUUUGAAGACCUUUUUGACACAGCAGAAGAGUAUAUCCUUCUCAUCCUUCUGGAACCCUGGACACAGAUGGUGAUGUUAGACCAGAUGGCUUACAGAAAGGUGGAACUACAGGAAGAGACUCGGCAGCUAGAUUCUACAUCCUUCAGACGGCUACGUGCUUUGCAUAAAGAAACAGUUUCCAAGAAGGCUGAGGACACCACUGCAACUGCCAUGCUGUCACUCUCUGAUAUCUCCAAACAAAAAGAAUAUUGGAGUAAUGUUCCUGAGGAAUACAAGCAUUUUACCUUUAAUGAUCUACUUAACAACAAACUGGAAUUUGAACAUUUCCGCCAGUUUCUAGAAUCUCAUUCUUCAAGCAUCGACCUUAUGUGUUGGAUAGAUAUCGAACAGUUCCGAAGAAUCCUUUUUAAAGACCAAAGCCAAAGAGAAAAAAAGUCUAUAUACAUUAAAAACACAUAUCUUAAUAAAAAAUAUUUCUUUGGACCCAGAAGUCCAGCUUCUUUGUAUCAACAGAACCAGAUAAUGCUUAUGAGCGGUGGCUGGGGCAGAAUCCUUCACGAGCAGCUCGACGCAUCUGUGCUGGUCGAAAUCCAGAAGCACGUCUUAAAUAGGCUGGAAAAUGUGUGGCUGCCAUUGUUCCUCUCCAGUGAGCAGUUCGCAUCACGUCAGAAGAUAAAGAUACGGAUGAAAGAUAUAGCGGAUGAGCUUUUACAGCAGAGACAUGACAGGAAAAUCGGAGUUUGGAAGCCUGUGGCGAGUAAGUGGAUCUCUUCAUCCUGUGAGAUUAUUGCUUUUCGUAAAGCAUUAUUGAAUCCAGUCAUAGCAAGGCAAUUUCAACGAUUUGUGGCCCUGAAAGGAGAUUUAUUGGAAAAUGGAGUACUUUUCUGGCAAGAAGUACAAAAGUUUAAGGAUUUGUGCCACUCACAUUGUGAAGAAUCUAUCAUUCAGAAGAAGAUCACAACCAUCAUCAACUGCUUCCUUAACUCCUGUAUCCCACCAGCUCUACAGAUAGAUGUUCCAGCUGAGCAAGCUCAGAAGAUUAUUGAACACAGGAAGGAGCUGGGGCCGUAUGUGUUCCGAGAGGCACAGAUAACAAUUUUUGGGGUUCUGUUUAAGUUUUGGCCACAAUUUUGUGAGUUUAGGAAGAAUUUAACUGAUGAAAAAAUUAUGAGUGUUUUAGAGAGAAGACAAGAAUAUAAGCAGAAAAGGAAAAUGUCAGAGUCAGAGGAAGAGAAGAUUGGAAAGCCUGGAAUCAAACAGUAUGCAAGUGCUACAGGCUCUCUUACAAAGACUGCUUUAGCCAGUGAGUCCUUACUAGGUCUACAAGCCUAUGGCCGACAGCCAACCUGGUGCUAUUCAAAGUACAUAGAAGCACUGGAACAAGAGCGGAUCCUUCUGAAACUUCAGGAAGAAAUGGAAAGGAAGGUGUUCACGGGGUAGCAGCCUUCGAGUCCGUGUCUACACCCUGCUGCUGAUAUGUACAAGGAUUUCUUUAAGCCAACUUUAAGUAACCCAAGAAGCUGAAUGCCCACAUUUUUUGAUAGUCUGUAUUACUUUAGAAUAGUAUCUUCUACCUAGGCCAGAAGAAUUAAAGGUUUUGCCUAUCACGGUCCUUAAGGAAAAAGCAAUAUUAUGUCCCUUGUGAAAUCCUUUAACAGAUAUUUCAUGCAGGCUAACCGUGCGUGGUUAGCAGAUCUAUUCAUGAGUGACUACGGGGGAGACUAUCCUAGUGCAUUUAACCCAAAUCACAGAGGAGCCCAUGUCCAGCUGUGAUGCACCGGCUUUGCACGGCAGUGCGCCCAAGGCCCACAAGGCGUAGGUUAGCAUUUCAGGCUUCUUGGCUCACUUCAGUUAUUCAUGGAGGCACUGUGGAAUCACCAUUGUUAGCAGACACCCAGGUAACUUCCAUACGGACUCACCCUGCAGACUACUCUUUGAGGCAGAAAGAAACAGUGCUUAGAAAGUGAAAAGCCCUGGCACAGGGCUACACUUGUGGUAAGAGAGCACCAGACACAAACCUUCUGAUGUGUGUCCCUGGGGAAGUAGGAGAACCUGUGAGAAAUGACCUGAGAAGGGUGUUUAUGCAUGGCGCACAUGCCUUAGGGGCUCCAAGGACCACAGCCCAGAUUAGAAGCUAUGUCCUAGGGUCCCACACAGUCCUAGAAGGUCUUUUCAGAGAUAAAACUGUCAUCUUAAAUUUUCCAGGAAGUUUAGAAUCUUAAAUAGGGGAAGAAUCAGGUGACAUACUUCAAAGAUCACCUUUCUUCUAAAGAAGGGAUUUCAGACACUUGUUAUCAGUUUGGUUUUCUGAGGUGAGGAUAUUGCUGUGCUGUCCAAGCUGUCCUUGAUCCUCCUGAGUCUCUGGGAUUACCAGACAAGGUAUGGACCACCAUGCCUUGCUAGUUAAAAUGUUACUGGCAAUGUCCCUGCACAGAACCCCAUGGAAUUGGUCAUUGUUUCACAAAGCUCCAAAAGAGCUCUCAAUUUCUUGUGGUUUUCCAUCCUUUUUCUACCUCCUCUAUUUUAAGCUGAGAUUUUGUUGGUUGGUUUGUUUUCUUGUGGUUCAAUUUUUUUGUUCUCUCAAAAUUAUAAUUCUUUUGAAAUUUUAGUUUUUUCCCAGAUAUUCAGUGUCCAUCACAACUAAUGAAGCCCAUUUUCUGCAUGCCUGUCAAGGUCUGCUUCUUCCCUUGAGGUGUCCAGACACUGGUGUGCACCAGGCUGGACUAGAAGGAAUGAAGCUGGGCAGGUGGGUUAGCAGAAUCUUGGUCCUUUGCUUCAGGGUGAAAAAGGGUGAUAUAAACUGAAGGGAAGUGGCUAGGGGUUUUCAGGAUGAGGGAUAUCAUUGAUGGGUGCUGAGACACUGGGAAUGCUUCACUUGCAUGAAGAGGAAUUCCAGGUGUUCUCUGGACGCGUCCUCAUAAGGAAGUUGUAACCUAAAACCUGGCCGCCAGGCUCUGGGACUACCCCAAGGGUGGCAGAGGUAGGGGUGGCCAGGCUGUGUGCAGUAGGCAUGCAGGCCCAGAACAGGGAACGAGUUGUCCUUACUCUUGCCCACCUCAAGAUGAGAUUAUUGGGAUUUGGACAAGUCUUGGCCUUAUUCUUGCUGUGGGAUGGCUCCCUGGUUGUAUGGCUCAUGUGCCCACAUAAGCACUAUAGAAUAUUAAGAAAAUUAAGUUUAAAAAAUACAUUAUUAUCUUCUGUUUUUCUUCCCUAAUGUUCUUCCUUUCUUUAUGCAGAUAGUUUCUAACCUAUAUUUUUUUUUCUCUUAAAAGAACUUUUGACAUUUCUUGCAAAAGCAGGUUUAUUCCAGACAAAUACCAUAGAAAAACCUUUAUUUCUUUUGACAGAUAACAGAUAGCUGCUUCUGCUCCGUCUUUGCCUUCUGCUCUUUCCGUCCUGCUCACCACUACCUUCACUCCUGUCCCUAGCACUUGGAGACUGUCCUUUCCUCUCCCUGAGCUCAGUACAGCGAGUCUCUCCUCAUCAGCGGCGACUCUAGAUAAACUCCAUGUUCUUCAUGUCAGAGAUAUUUCCAUUGGAUUCUUCUUGGCAUUUUCUUCUCUGUGCUUGCUUUAUCAAUCUGAUCUUGUUUAUCAUCCAGUUUUUUUGUUAUUGUUGUUUUUGAGACGACAGGGCUCUAUGUAGGCUUGACUGUCUUAGAACUCAUUCUGCAGACCAGACUGGCUUCAAAUUCAGAGAUCUGCCUGCCUCUGCCUCCCAAAUGCUGGAAUUAAAGACCUGUGCCCAGCUAUCACGCAAAUUUCAAUGCUGGAGCUCUUGAUUAUUAAACGCAGUCAUGGUCAGCUUCUCAGCUUGGCAGUGCCAACAUUCCUGCCAUCUCUCAGACUGGAUCACAUGCUGCUUUUGAAGUCUGGACUGGGCAGUUUGCUUUUGAGUGUAAAUUUUUGUUGAAAUCAGGACACAGAAAUUGAGAUGGAUAGAACUGUGGCCUCUGUUUAUCCGGCUGGCAGGAAUUUUAAACUUAACUGUGGUAAAGGAAUCUUAGAUUUUCUCUAUGCUCUUAUUUUUCUCUUUGUUGUUUUUGGUUUUUCUAAAGUCUCCUUUUUAGUGCAGAAGGCUUGAAGUUCUUAUUAAACCUCCUUAUGUGGGAAGAAGAAAACACUUUUAGUCUCAUGAUCAGGUCUCAAUGUUUUAAUGAGCCUGAACUGAGUGUUUCUCUUCUGCCAGGUUGUUGGAGCAUUGGUUUAAAACACACACACACACACACACACACACACACACACAACAUAGCAAACACAACAAAAUCUUUUUAUUUUAGGUUCUAGUAAAGUUGUGUUUUGAUGGCAGGCUGGUUAACAGAAUGCAGAAUGAUUUUUACAUUAGCUGUUUUACUCCUCCCCCUUCCAGGAGCAGGAGGGGUUCUCUUCAUAGGCGAGCAUGCCAGAAUUCCAAGGAGGUAAAACUCAAGGAAGUGGAACUACAGAGAUGGCUCAGCAGUUCCAUCACUGCACACUCUUCCAGAGGGCGCAGGUUCAAUUCAUAGUACCCAUAGAGUGGCUUACAAUUAUCUGUAACUCCAGUCUCAAAGGAUCCAACUCCCUCUUCUGGCCACUGUGGACAUCAGGCACAUGAACGGUAGACAAACAUACAUUUAAACAAAGUACUCAUAUACAUAAAAUAAAUAAAUAAAUUUUUUAAAAAAAAUCCAAGGAAGUAUGGGGCCACUGAGAGUUUUAACCCGGCAAGCAGCCUCAUUGCUCUAGGACUGCAGGCUGUGUACCUGGUGUGCAGUGGCUCUCCGUCCCUGCGUGCCUUCCCGUCUGCAGUGUAGAGCCAGAGAUCACCCUGUUACUACAGUUCUCUGAUGUAUCCAAAAAUUGUUGCCUUUCUGUUUGUUGGGUUGCUUUCCUGUUGCGAGGAUGGUUUACAAUGACUUCCAAGCCCUUGACACACCAGAGCAGGCCUGAUGCUUGAAAUCUGCCUGACAUCUGCAUUUUAAGUGGUCUGUAGACAGUUUGUGUACAACAUGCAUAGUUUUAAAGAAGUUAGUUUAACUAUUAAAUUGAUGCUCAUUUUUAUACAGUAAGUAUGUACACAUUUGUCUUUGGCUCUUCCUCAGAGCACGGUACAGAAUUGCAGCCAUCAUGAAGAAUUCUCUUCUAGCGUGUGUUCGCAUGUAGGUCUGGCCCUGGUUUACUUGGUCUUCUUAACAUCUUUUGAAUUUCUCUCUCCAUUCCUCUCUAUUGUGGACUAAUUAUUCUAAUCCUCAUCACCUUGAUUCUGGACCUUACUUUAUCUCUUUCUCCUGCGUGGCUACCUUCCACCUGUCUUCAGAGAACUUGCCCUAAAAGCAAAUAUAAUUCUCCCUCCUGUCUAACCACCAAGACGCUUCCUCCUGAUACUGUUCAGAUCUGCUGCUACUGCUUUCUUACAGCCACAGAAGUCAGUGUCUUCUCUUCAGUGGCCACAGUCUGCCAUCGGCGAGAGCAGCAUCAGCCACACUGAUUGUAAUUUCCCACAGUUCAGGUACAGCUGUUAGUUCACUUUUGUUCUAGUACCUUACAUAGAACAUCUAAAAAGCAGGUGUUCAUUAAGCAGUUGUUGAGGAAAAGGAGCUUGAACUGAAACAGACAGGAGAAGCUGGAGAAGCCAAGUGAGCACAGAUGCCUUCACUUCUCUCUACUUUUCACUGUGGAUGUGGUGUCAGCUGCUUCUGCUUCCCCAAAUGGUGGACUGUAACAGGGAACUGUAAGCCACAUCAACCCUGACUUCAAUUUCUUGCACUUAGUGUAGCAAUGCUAUAUUUUAGGUAGCCUCAAGUGUCUUUUUCUCUCACUUGAAUGUGGACAGAUGACUAAACAAAUUCUAAUUGUGUUGUAUUUAGGCAUUUAAUGAAAUGUGCUACUUGAUAACACCCAACUUCUGUAAACCCCAGGCAUUGAGUAUAUUACUCUAUGUCAGACUGCACUGCAAAACACGGUGCACUUGAGCUUGGAGUUUUGUUACAUUACUUGUAAUUUUGUGUUCCUUCAAAAUUUUGAAGGAAAUUUAGUAAUGAAGUAACCCAACAGUACUCUAGCCAGUUAAAGACAUAAUUUGUGGUAUAUAUUUGAUUUUUCUUUUUUGAAUCAAGGUCUCUAUGUAGCUCUGGCUGUCCUGAAACUCAGUACAUAGACCAGGCUGCCCUUGAACUCACUGGCCUCUGACUCUGCUGGAAUUAAAGGUGUGUGCUGCCACACUUGGAAUGCUAUAUUUCUUAAAAAUGUUAUCUUUUCAUUUGUUCUAUCAUUGAAAAAUACAGCAUAUAAACUAAGUACUUUCUUUUCCUAAUUGCCAUACUGUUCACAAUGACAAUGAAAUUUCUGCCUAAAAGAUCCAUCCAGUGAGAAUUGGGCUGUGCAUCAGCUGAUCACUCUCCUGGAAUGUCGAGGUCCUGGCACCAGACAAAACAACAAGAAAACAUCCACGGACCUGAAGAGACUGGGUUUGUUCUGAAUCUGUUGCUCUUUCUUACUUGGGGUAAUUUAUUUAUCUCUUUGCAUCUCAGUUUAGUUUAGUUGUUCAGAAGGAACUUAAAAUCUUUUGUAGCUCUGCCCGGUGAUGCUAAAUGUAACUGUGGAACUUUCUAUUAAUUUCAUUUGUCCUUUUGACAAUUUCCCAUGUGUACAUAGGGCUUUUUAGUUUUAGCCUCUACCUGUGGGCUCCAUCCCACUGCUGUUACCCCUAUCUCUUCCCCACAGUCUUCUUUCCCAGAUUCACGUCGUUUCACUUUGUUUUGUGACUGAUUUUAACAUGGAGCAUCUGUGUAGCUUAGAACUACCUGUGGAGUAUGCUGGGCUUAAUGACACCAUUUGGCACCUACUAAACAGUGACUAUCCCUCCCUUAGAAUAGACCAGCUGCCUGUAGUUCAGCAGGGACAGUACAGUCCUAUGAGCCCCUCUGCUAUCUGUGAUUGGCUGUUGGCGAGCUCAAAACAAGCAACCACAAUGGCUGUGAGAUCCUGUUUGCAGGAUGUGUCCUGAAGGUUCUCAGCCUGUCUUCCUAGCUUCUGGCUUUCAAUUCUUUCUGUUUCCUCUUCCACAGUGACAAUAGAACUUCAAAGUUUCAGUCUAUUCUUCGGUGAGAAUUUAUUUCUAUAAAUUUAUUUCAAAUUAAGACCUUAGAUGAAAAGGAAAAGUUGACAUGUAUAGUGUUUCCUUUUCCAGAGUCAAGUACACACCAAGCAGCUGAAGAAUUAGGUGGAUUUGAAGAAGCUCCCUGAAAGAGUGUUAGUUCCACAUCUGAUCCUUGUAGCAGAACCCUGCUUCAUGCUGUUCCUUUGAAAGCAACGAAAUCAAGCAGGCAACUCUUAAUUUGUGGGCGCAAACAGCUGGCUGAUUGAUUAACAGCUGCAGACCCCUCCCAUACACAGUGCCACAGCAGUAGCUCAGGGACAUAGCGCAGCACCUGCCCAGGUUGUCUGGGCAUGUAGCUCAGUCGGCAGAGUAGAAUACAUGAAGCCUUGUGUUCGGUCUGCACUGCAGAAGCCUGGUGUGGUGCAUACCUGUAAUCCCAUCACUUGGGAGGUGCAGGCUCUGUAGCAGUUCAAGGCUAUCCUCAGUUACAAGGAAAGUUGAGGCUAGCAUGGGUUUUAUGAGACUCUGUCUCAAAAAAAAAAAAAAAGGUGUGUGCAUAUGUGUGUGUGCAUAUGUGUGUGCGCAUAUGUGUGCGUGUGCGUAUGUGUGUGUGCGUAUGUGUGUGCGCAUAUGUGUGCGUGUGCGUAUGUGCGCGCCUGCGCAUGUUUGUAAUCUCAGCACUGGAGAGGGUGAAGCAGGAAGAUGGGUUUGGGACUACUUUGUGCAUCAUAAUGAGUCCUCAUCUCAAAAACAACCAGCCAGAACCUCAGGCUGCUCAAAGAGACUGACCAGCCAAUGAGUCCGGAGAUCAAGAGGCUACUGCAGCUGUGUGAACUACUGCAAUUGCCAUGGCUGCCGUUCGCCAUUCCAAACACAGCUCCCAGAGCUCUGCUUCAGUCUCAAAUGCCCCAGAGGCCCUCGAACAGAUCCAGAGAUCUUACCUUGACCAUGAAGCCUUCAAAUGAACCUUAGAGGACCUGGCCUCCAUGCUGGCCUUUUUUGCAAUUGUCAUCAAUCUGUCAGAGCAGAGUACUCCCUAUCUGUGACAGCUAGUCAUGCUGUACCCCUCUUCCUCUGAGCAAUCUAGGAGAGUUCCUUCCUAUGCCUCCCCAGGUGCUGUGACCAAAGCCCAAUAAAGCCUCAUUUGGGGGAGCUGGAGAGUUGGCUCAGUGGUUAGGAGCACUGGCUGCUCUUCCAGAGGACCCAGGUUCAAACCCCAGCACCCACAUGGCAGCUCACUACUGUGUGUAACUCCAGUUCCAAGGAAUCUGACAUCCUCACACAGACGUACAUAUAGUCGAAUGACCAAUGUUCAUUAGAAAAAUAAAUUAUUUAAA